AUGGCAAUUACUGGAAACUUCCUCGAUCGGGACUGGAAUUACUGUGAAGUUCUUCUUGGAUUUGAGCAUAUACAGGGAUCACAUACUGGGACUCAGCUAAGUGAGACUGUUAUCCGAAUCCUCCAAGAGCAUAGUAUUGCCGACCGAGUAUUAUCAAUCACAACCGAUAAUGCAUCAAACAACAACACAAUGAUGGAAGGCGUUCAAGAAAUGGUUCAGUCCAAGGCUCUUCAUAAUACCUCUGUCUUCCGGGUACCAUGCAUUGUGCACGUUAUGCAACUUAGCCUAAAGGAUCUCCUUGGAAAGAUCAAAGCGGACCCAAAGAAUACAGAGGCCGAGUCAGAGUGGUCAGAUGAACGUACGAAGUCGCUACAGUUAGCUCCAGGUUAUUCUUCCGGAAAUAUCGUGGCUACAUUAAAGAAGGUUCGAGAGCUUGCUGUAUUCAUUAACGCUAGUCCUCAGUGUGACGAUCUGAGAUGUUAUGCGAUUUAA